AUGACCAAGUGGAGUAUGACGCUGUCACAGCCCUUCAAUUUCCGGGCAUCCGCAGCCUACACGACGAUGGCCAGCCGAUCAUGCUUCAACGCUGACGAUAUCGCUGAAGUGGAGAGCCACUUUGCCGAUGCCAAAGUCCGAGGACUUCUUCCCUUACGUGACCUCUGGAGUGACAACCCCACAUCCACCUUCUUCCACCCGCAGGCCACCAGUGCUGCCACGCUUGUGGAUACCAAAGUCCACAUUGGUCGUCUCCCACCACUUAUAACUACCAAAUACAUCCUUGCCGCGCUCCGCGGCUCACGCCUCCUCACCCCAGUCGUCGACAUCACAGGCGACGUCUAUGCCACCCUAAUGUUCGACACCUCGGCUCCCAUGGCCUUUCUCUGGUCCACCUCUGGCCCCCAUGGCGACACCAGACUCUAUAUCCGUGACAUUGCCGUCCACCUGCACAUCCUCACUGGUCGCCCCCGCCCGUCUGCUACACGGGACAAAGCAGCAAAUCCCAACACACAUCCAACGCUCACAGAGACAUACGCAGCACGUGCGCGCGCAGUACCAGUAGACACCGCCGCGCGGGACAAUUCUCCCGCUCCGCCUCCCAACACUCCACCCCAGAGAACCACCCACCACAGGCCCGGCAACUCCCCCUCCAACGCCACACGGCUCAGGUCCACGGACCCAACACAGAUCUUAGUCUAUACCUCCCACGUGAGCUCUCCACAUAUGUGGACCAACAGCAUCGUAUCGGCCACGACCCCACUCCGACAGGAGGUUGAGUCCCUCUGGGCCACCAAAGAAGCCCUCACCGCACUUGUCUCCGCCUCUAGCGCUGCCUUCACUACACUGGAUGCGCGCCUCCUCGAGGAACGACGCCUACGUGAAACCGCGGAACUCCUCCAGGCGGAAGGCAACCGCUUACCUACCGAGGCACACAUCCGACUAAACGCCGCAGUCGCACAACACGAGUCCCAACAGGCUGCCUUAGCCGCAAGUCUCCCCUACCUCGAAUCCAGCGUCCACACACUCCUGCAAGCCAUGCAAGGCCCCGACGAUAAUAUGGGCACCGAGCCGGACGAUCACAUGGCGUCAAACUAA